UCCGGGGAGACCAGAUAUAGUGAAUGCGGGGUCCGGGGAGAACCGGAAUAUAGUGAAUGCAGGGUCCGGGGAGACCGGAUAUAGUGAAUGCGGGGUCCAGGGGAGAGCGGAUAUAGUGAAUGCGGGGUCCGGGAGAGCGGAUAUAGUGAAUGCGGGGUCCGGGGAGAGCGGAUAUAUAUAGUGAAUGCGGGUCCGGGGAGACCAGAUAUAGUGAAUGUGGGGGUCUGGGGAGACCAGAUAUAGGGAAUGCAGGGUCCGGGGAGACCAGAUAUAGGGAAUGCGGGGGUCCGGGGAGACCAGAUAUAGUGAAUGUGGGGUCUGGGGAGAGCGGAUAUAGUGAAUGCAGGGGUCCGGGGAGAGCGGAUAUAGUGAAUGCAGGGGUCCGGGGAGAGCGAUAUAGUGAAUGCAGGGUCCGGGGAGAGCGGAUAUAGUGAAUGCGGGGUCCGGGGAGAGCGGAUAUAGUGAAUGCAGGGGUCCGGGGAGAGCGGAUAUAGUGAAUGCAGGGUCCGGGGAGAG